CUCUCUCUCUCUCUGUGUAUGGUUUGGCAAUUAUAUAUGUGUGUGGUAGAUUAAAAUUUGGUUUGGCAACGAAUGCUGGACUAAUUAAAAAGAUUGAAGUGUACAAUGUGCAUGCUAUGUAUGCGUUAAGAUACAAUAAGGAAUGUCCUAGUGCUGGAUCUGAUGAUCUUGGAGUUUGGCCACUUCCUCAGACUCCACGAGGCUCCAUCAGAACCUAUUAUUCAAGUCAACCCACCAAAGAUUUUCUCUUCAAGAGGGACAAGUUGGCCUUCUUUGACAAGGAGUGUUCCAGAAUUGCUGAGCACAUAUACUUGGGGAGUGACACAGUAGCCAAGAACCAUGAACUCCUCAGGCAGAAUGGAAUCACACACAUGCUCAACUGUGUUGGGUUUGUUUGUCCCGAGUAUUUCAAAGGUGAUUUUGUGUACAAGACACUGUGGUUGCAGGACAGCCCCACGGAGGACAUCACAAGCAUUCUCUAUGAUGUGUUUGAUUACUUUGAGGAUGUCAGAGAGCAAGGUGGGCGUGUCCUUGUUCAUUGCUGCCAAGGGGUUUCUCGAUCAACGGCUUUGGUGAUUGCUUACCUCAUGUGGAGGGAGGGGCAGAGCUUUGAAGAUGCUUUUCAGUUUGUGAAGACUGCAAGGGCUGUGACCAACCCGAACAUGGGUUUUGCUUGUCAACUUUUGCAGUGCCAGAAAAGGAUCCAUGCUAUGCCUACAAGUCCAAAUUCUGUUCACAAGAUGUAUCGGAUGGCUCCUCACUCCCCCUAUGACCCUCUUCAUCUGGUCCCCAAGAUGGUUAACCAGCCAGGUGCACGAGCCCUUGAUUCUCGUGGGGGCUUCAUUAUUCAUAUUCCUUCUGCUAUCUAUGUUUGGAAUGGGAAACAUUGUAACUCUGUGAUGUCUUGCAAUGCAAGGACUGCAGCCUUUCAGAUGAUACGUUAUGAGGGUGCAAAGGGUCCUAUUUUGACCAUCCAUGAAGGUGAAGAACCUCCUGGGUUUUGGAUUGCUCUUUCAGGUGAUUCUGACAAAGAAGAAGAGGUCAUGGUCAUGGAGGAACCCUCUGAAGGCAUGGAAAGUGCUGAGCUGGUUGAUUCGGGGACUACUGGUCCAAGAAAAGUUGAUGCAUAUGAUUUGGAUUUUGAGAUUUUCCACAAGGCACUUGCUGGUGGGGUUGUUCCACCUUUUUCCUUGUCUGAUACAGGAUUAGAAACUUGUCUUCCUGCUAGAGAACAAGGUUGGGCAAGACUGAGGAGGAAGUUUGCUAGUGGAUUGCUCACAUCCCCCAAAUUGAACUGUGAUGCUGAUUCAGACCCAUGCAAUGAUCAUCAACCCAGUGUAGAUGUGGAGGUUGAAAAACAAGAUUCUGCAGAUGAGCCUUUGUCACCAUCAUCAAUUCCUCCCUGUGGUUCACCGGAUUCCUUUGAAUGCUAUCCAAAUAGGGAAAAAGGUAGUCCUGAAGCCAUGGACUUCUCUGUUCAUGGUGUUGCUUCAUCAUUGCCACUGUCUCCUCCUGGCACAUCAAAUCCUUUUCCUUGUUUUAUAAGUUGCAGUCCAAAAUUCAAUUCCAAGUCACCAACACUUUCACCUUCAAGUUCUGAUUAUGCCAGUUCAUUUACUUUUUCACCUUCCUCUACCAACUGGUCCGACUUGUCAUUUUUGUCUCCUCGGCAGCCAUUGUCAUCCGGCCUUGAAUCAGCUGAACCAUUUAAUGUUAAAGACUCGUCUUUCUCAAAAAAUUCCUCUUUACUUCACAAAGAAGAUGUCCCUUCACCCUUGGAGGAAUUUUCAGCUAAUCACACAUUUGGAGGGGUGAACUCCAAUUUGCCAAUGAAAGGUUCUUUCCUCUCAAUUGCAGAGUGCAGAGGGAGUCAUCCACCGUCUCUUAUGUUGCCACCCUCUGCCAGUGAAUCCUCUCACGUCCCCAAGAACAACCUGGUAAGAUCAUUGUCUUUCUCUUUGCCUGAAUUAGAUGAUAAUGCGGUGAAGGGUGAUACUUGCAAACAAUCUGACCUUGAAAACAAAGGAAAAUGACUAAUAUCAGAUAACUAUAUCAUUAGUUCAGGUGUUGAACCACAGAGUGAGAUUAAUCACAAAGAGGAUCGUAGUACAGAGUUAUGUAAUAUAAUGGCUGAGCUUGACAUAGAGGAGAAAGGAAAUGGGAUGACUUGAGCUCGAAUUGUGUAAAUUUUGGAUGUAAAUUUGCUCUCACGCUCAGACUAUUCCGUGCGUGCCCAAUACUGAUUAUGAUCACAUGCAUGUCGUGCCUUAUAAUUGCAGUUGAAGUACAUAACAGUUGUUGAAGUUAACAAGCGAAGGCAAGCCAUCAACUCGUCAGGAACUAAUGUUAAAAUUGAUGUAGCUUGCGUUGUUGUAGAAUGAUACAUCAUCUGUCAUUAGUUACCGCUUCCAUUAAAUAACAAAAUUAAGCUUCAAAAACCCAUGUUUAUUUAGAAUUUAACUUUUGAGUGUUAAACACUGAUUUCUUUUAGCCUGCA